AUGCCCGACCUCAACUCGGUCCCUCCCUCGCCAUACUCACUGGCCGCGUCUCGUCGACGCUCCUCGCACAACACGAUGCCUCCGCCGCCCGUGCCCCAGUCUCCCUCGCUCAAUAUUCUGCCGUCCAACCAGGGCGUCGGCGGCCAUGCCCGCAGCCACAGUCGCAGCCAGAGCCAGACCCAGCCCUCUGGCUCCCAGCCUCCAUUUCCCUCUGCGCCAGACUCGGGCGUCGGUCCCGGCCCCGGGCCUCUGCGCCAUCCACGGCCACUGACGGCCUCGGAGCUGCACAUGCAGUUGGAAAAGGAGCAAGAGGCUGUGGUGAACCGCCUGACGCGCGAACUCUCCUUGCUCCGUGCCGCCCAGAAUGCCUCGGUCGUGUCCAACACUUCCUCCACCUCGGCCACCGCGUCGACACACGAGCCUGUCGCCGACUCGUCCUUGCUCACCGGGUCCGGCUUCAGCAUCCCCACCGCCCGCCGUCACCACCGCAACUCGUCCUCAACCUCCCAUAUCCCUUCCAUGCAGCUCGCUUCCUCCUACGAAGCCAGGCCUCGCCCGACCCUGCCCUUGUCACGACAGGACAGCUCCGCCUCGAGAAGGAGCCAGACCAACUCUCCGGGGCCCCAAACAAGCUCCAUCGACCCGUCCAGCUAUUUUCACCAGCAAAGAGUCCCUCCGCCCGCGUCUAUGCCCAUGAGCUCCGUCGCCGCCACGCCGGGCAGCGGAAGCUUGGCCGAGCAGAUGAGCCCCAGCCUCAUGCCCGCCACGUCGCGCUACGAAGAGACGGCCUUUUAUCGGCAUGAACUCGAGGCUGCCAAAAAGGAGAACGAGGGCCUGAAGAGGCGAAUCAGGGACCUGGAACGCAUGGUGCAGUCCAGACGGGCCAGCGCCGCGGGACGAGUCCCGAGCGAUGCCGCGAGCACGAUGACGGCCGCAAUCACGACCCCUGUAGUCGGGCCCCAUGACGGCCCCACCCCCAGACCGGAACGAGGGCGCGGCAUGACGAGCCAGAGCACCACAAGCAUUGCCAGCCUCGGCGUCGGCGUCCCCGAAGACGAGGUCAAGGUGGGAGAGAGCGCCGCCAGCUCCGGUCUGGGAAACAACCCUCAGUGA